GCCUUCCUCGCCCUCUCUUCCCAGGCCGGCCCGAGGCCGCAGGCUGGGCCUUUCACCUUCAAGAAAAGCUAUGAAGUAGCGGUCGCUGAGGCUCCUGGCGCCCAGCGGGGCCCGGGGCGCCGCGCACUCCCGCCAGCCCGGCCUCGCCUCGCGGGGCCCGGGGCGGGACACGCUCCCGGGACGAGGCCUGAGGGCCACACUCCCGCCUGCCCGCCCGGAUUCAGGGCGAGUCCGGCCCGGGACUCUGCAGCGGCCCCGGACGGGGAGAGUGGGGCAGGGCCUCGCCUCUCCGAGGGAUGCAGGGGAUGGAGGCGGUGGCCAAGCCCGCGCGCCGCUCUCAAGCAUCGGACUCAGGGAGCAGAACAACAAGCCCCAAACGAGUGACCCCAGCUAUGGCCAGGCAUGGCGCUGAGCAGCCAGACGGCACACCUCUCCGGAGACCUUCACUCUGCCCCCAGGAAGACCAAGCAUCUAACCUGGUGCCCCCCAAACCUCCCAGGACAUGGGGGCUGCAGCGCCAAGGCCCUUCUGUGCUGGAGUCUAAGGUGAAGGCCUUGAAGGAGAGAAUGACAGCAGGAAAACAGGGGACAACUCCCUGUCCCACUUCCUAUGAGUGUCCAUCCCCUGCGAAAUCCAGAUGCCACCAAGUCAAGCCUGAAGCAGUCUGGAGCCUACCAGAUGCCCUGGUGGUCCCCCAUGCUCAGAACCUUAAUGAUGGACAUCUGGCCAGACAUGGUGAUGAGAAGAAACCUGGCAGGAACAGUGGAUCCAAGCCAUCCGCCCCUGAGAGCUGGAACGAACAAAGCCCGUGGUCUCCAGAAGCAGUGUGGAUGCUGGCUGAUCGUAAGGAGGACUCUGUACCAGGGUCUGACUCUUUACAAGAAAAUCCCAACAACCAGGUUUCUGCGGGCCAGCUACAGGAGCCUGAUCCCUGCAAAACCACCCACUUGAGCAGCCUGAAGAAGAGAAGACCAUACCCGAUUGGAGAUAGUAUGGUCACAAAGGGAGAUCUGGACAGCACAGCUCUGACCUCCAAGGAGGAUUUAGUUCCCAGAACAGACCAGCCAGAGAUGUUCUGGAGAGCCAGGGACCUGGAGGCUCUGGGCACUGCGGCAAAUGCUUUGUCCCUGUCUGACCAGGUAGAGAGGAACCGCCUUCUGCUGCAGGAGAUGCUGAAGGUUUCCAGACAGAGACUUCCCAAAGCAGGGAGCCCAGACUGGACUCCAUCCCGGGACAGGGAUGCACCAGAGCGACCAGCGGGAGACGUGGACUGGGACUCGGGCACCCCCCAGCAGGACUCAGGUCAGAGCAGGACCUCUGUUCCCAAGCUGGAGCCUAUGCUGAGUGCCAAGCAUGAGGAAGCCAAGCAUCUGCUUCGGCGUGCUCGCAUGAAGGCCAAGACCCAACCUCUCCGAGCCAGCCAUGAUAUUGUGCCCACCAUUGCUCAGGGCAGCCGAAAUGGCCAGAGAAGCCCCGCCCCGGAUGUGAGGACCUCCUCUGCCUACAGAGAGAACUUCCAGAAUGGGAACUCGAAUGACCCCUCCAGCGUAGAGUCCAGCAAUGAGCAGUGGACCAAGCAAGGAAUGCCCCUGUCUCAUGUCCGUUUUGAAGAUGAGUCUGCCCACGAUGCUGAGUUCCGGUACCUGGACCGGCUUCAGCAGCGCCAGCGUCAGGUGUUAAGCACAGUGCUACAUGCUGUGGACCAAGGACCUCUGCGCUCCAAACCGGACCUAACCAUCUAUGUUAACCGCAACGUGGGGAGCAGCUCAGUUUGUAGGGCCGUGGGCUGCCUGGACCAGAGGAACUUCCCUGCACCACCACCUCCAUGGGACAGUGAGAGGAAGUGUCCAGCCUGUGGCAGCUGUCUCGAGGAGCAUUGCCUUGCUGAGGGGAGGGCAGCCUCUGACCUGAGGGUCCUCCGGAGUCUCCAGGCUGCCUGUGAGGCAGAGGCGGUACUGCUGGGGCCCUGCAAUUCCCAUGGCCUGAGCUCCCCAUUCCUAGGGCUACACACAGAAUUGAUCCGGGAAACACACAUCACAGACACUGUAGCCACACACCCUGAGGAGGAGGAGGAGGAGGAGGAGGAGGAGGAGGAGGAGGACUCUGCCCUGGACAGCACCCACAGUUCAGAGAGCUGGACAGACAGUAAGGGUGCCAGGACCUCUCAGCCCAACAGGGCGAGUGGGCAGAUUCAAGUCAGCAGUCCCCAGCAGUGGCAGCAUGGGCCUAGGCCCCAGGGAGGCCCCAGGUGGUCCCGAAAGCCUGAGACGGAGCUGCCCUGCGGCUCCCAGGCUUGGUCUCACCUGCACGAGCUUGGUGAUGAUGUGGUUGUAGGACGGGAGGUGAGAGGAGCCAGUGGGCACGUACCUCAGGGGACUCGGUCUCUAAAGGAAGAUGCUGUGCCUAAACCUGCCUUGGAGCCUAAGAGGCCUUGGUCCCAGGGGCAGCUUGAACCAGAGUUACAAAGUCACUGGGCCCACCACAAGGACUGCCGAUCUUCAUGCGGGACAGCUUAUGCUGUGACGUUUUCCAAGAAGCGUGGGUCGUCAGGAUCAGGCCAGCCAGACCAAGGUCCUGAAAGCCACGAGUCUCUGGGAACAAUCCACACUUCUCCCCUCCAGUGGAACCGUGAAGAGCCCUCUGCACCCCUCCCAGCCUUGCCGCCAGCUCUGCCCCUCAGCCCUGAAGUGCCAACCCCUCCUUCUUCAAGGAAAUCCCCCUGCCCUAUGCCUCCGACGAAGUCAGUCCAGAUGGGGCCUCACAGGCAGGAACACCAGGUGGAGCAUAUGGAUAACCCCCUGCCUCUGUCCCCGCCAAGGACUGUGGUUCUCACACGACCCCAGUCCCAACCCUGUAGCCCCCGAGUCAACAUCAACAGCGACUGCAACAGCUGUGCCCAUCGAGGGCUACAGAAGCCCUCGGGAGCGACUGUCCACAGGGGCAGAUCUGAGAAGGACCAGUGUUGUCAGGAGCCUGGGCCACCUCUGGAGGGAACACUCCAGGACUCUCUCCAGUCAGCGGAUGUCACCUCUGUCAAUUCUACAGCCAUCACCCUCUCCCUCACCUCAGAGGAGCCUGAGCACAGCCAGGAGCUGGGAGGAGGAACACAGAGGACGCAGUCCAGCUCCGGAGGCCAUGUGCCCACUGGAGCAUCACUGGAGGCCAGCGCAGGGCACAAGCCGCCCUCACCCGCCCAUUCUGAUGGGAACAAGAAAAGGAGGAGUAGUAUUACCUCCACCCUGGGGCUCAAAAAGCUAUUCUCAGCCCUGGGCCACACACCCCGGCCCAGACUUGGCCCAUCCCGGAGCUACAGUGUGGAACAGUUGCAGCCCUCAGCGCAGGCUCCACAUACCAGCACCUCCAAAGUGAAAAGAGCCCCGUCGCUACAGAUCCUGCAUCUGGUGUCACCCUCCCAUCAGCAUCGGAGAGCAACUUCCUUCCAGAACCUCCAUUCUCUGCUAGGUGGCAAGGGAGACCGGUCCAGCCUCUACCUGGUAGAGGGGUCAGGGAACAGCAGUGCACCCAGCAGGCCAGCCAAAGCCUUUCCUCGUCGUGCCCUCAGUGUGGAAGAUGUGGGUGCCCCUAGCCUGGCUCGGACUGUGGGCCAUGUGGUGGAGGUGUUCCCAGAUGGCACGAGCCAGCUGCAGCUGCAACGACCCCCAAAGGGCAGCUUUGGUUUCUGUGUGGCCUAUGGCAGUGGCCGUCGAGACUCAGGUCUCUAUGUGCAGGCCAUGGCCGACCUGGACACCGCCAAGCUGUACUCGGGGCUGCUUGGGGUCGGGGACGAGAUCCUGGAGGUGAACGGGGCCAAGGUCGCUGGGCUUGGCCUGGCUCACGUCGAAGAGCUACUGGCGCGUGUGGAGAGCUUGUCAAUUCGUGUCUUGAGACAAAGGCCUGUCCCCCAGUGACCCUGAAGUACUGCUGACACUCCUUCAGGACCCCUGGCCCCCACAUCCAGCAGGAGGGGCUAGAAAUGUGCCACCCAGAGACAGCAUGAGAAAGGAAAAUGCAGGUCACGGAUCAGGCAUCCGUCUGGGCUGGGCAGGAGCUGUUCUAAUGGGCCACCUGCAGGAAGAGGUCGAGGACCUGUGUGCAUUUACACAGGUCUGGAGACAGAGAAUCCUGGUUUCCUCCUUCACAGAAGUGGUCAUGUUCCUUUGUUGGAGGGAGAGAACAGCAAUGACUAAUCCUCGGAUUGGUCCCAGAGAGCUGGCUUCAGCUUCUGGCCACACUCACUGAGAAGGCUCCCCAGCCCCCAGCGCACCAGAGACAGCGUGGCCACAUUGGCUCUGUGCCCCAUCUCUUUCAGCUGCGGCUUGCCUGGUUUCCAUGUGACACUUUGCUUCUGAUCCAGAAAGGGCUCAGAGUCUUGGCACAGCCUGACAGCCAGGAGCACAUAUUCCUAACUGUGUGUUCUGUGAAGUAUGGCCUGUCAGAAAUUCUGUGCCCCUUCUGGGUAUGCAAACUUCUGAGAGAUUCUGGGAGCCAGAAUAUUAAGAAUUACUAGAGAUUUUUAUGGCCAACACAGUUGAAAAACGAAACCACUGCCAUUCACAGCAAAUGUGGCCGUCGUUCUAAGGCCACCGUAGGGGGCCAGCCCAGGCAGCCCUCUGCCUCCGCCCCCGCCUAGACCGAGGCUGUUGCAGCCUGGCCUGGGCGGGCCUUGUCUUUGUUCUCUUGUCCAGCGCGGAGACAGGGCUGCAGCUGGUGUCUGGCUGGCCCCCAGCUGCAGGGUUCCUCUCCAGACCUCCCUGGUGGCAGCUGUGGGUGGGCAGCAGGCAGGGAGGUUGGGGGCUGGGGGCGGCCACCCCACCUAAGCACAGCACAGGCCACUCAGCUUAGCCCCUGCUCGGGGGUUCAGGACGCAAGAUACCUGGACAGGUGUUCAUCUUAAAUUAUUAAAAUGCCGGAGCUGCCUCCCCA